UGUUAGAACUAGUAGCCACCAAACUCAACUAAUUAUAUUACAUCAUAUGUAUUUGUUCAUCUUUGUUGGUUUUUCAAAAUGAGUUCAAUAAGCAAAUCUCCUUCGGAUAACAACAUGAUAAAUUUUGAGUCCUCAGAAGAGAGUAGUUGGACUAAAUACUUUGAGGAUUUCUUUAACAAUGAUCAUAACAAUAUUGAUGGUGAUGAAAAACAAUUAAGUGAUCACAGUGCACAAGGUGGCAUGAAGUAUGUUAAAAGCUUGAGUUUGAAGAAGAGGAAGAAAAUCAAAACUAGUUUGGUUGAUCAUGAUUUGGAAGAUACUGCAAGUUCUCCUAUCAAUAGCCCCAAGGCUUUAUAUAUGAAUCAGAUAUUCAAGGCAAAAGAGAAGGAAGAAAUAGACCAAUUUUAUGAGGUCAUUUGACGCAUCAAUGUGAUUGUAUAUGAACCUGGUGUUGUCAAAGCCUUCAUCCCAUAAAGAGGACAUCUUUUGAAUUUUAGGAGAAGUCGUAGAAGUCGCUCCUUGGGAGGAUUCUGCUAUACUAUUAUCAAAGGAAACUCCUUUUUCCAAGUCUAUAGGAGCGCCCGCCUCCAAAUGGAUAUGAGUCUUCCUUGAGUUGAUUUUGUUCCUUAUCUCUAGGAGAAGUAACGUUGUUUGUGGGAGGAGGUCUCACAACUGAGAAAGGUGUAGCCUGAAUGAUUUUUCUUUUGUUCAAGGGUUUCCUCUUCUUCAGAAUACGAUUCAGCAAACCAAAUGAGACAUUUUCUUUUCUAACAAUGACAUGUGAGCCAUCUUCUUUGCACAAAAAAUCAAAGGUUAACAGGAAAAUAAAUAAGUAGAAUCAAAGGCAAUACAAACAAAACACUCUUACGUAAAUAAGCACCAAUCACUAGUUUAAAAGUCAACAAUCUCCUUCUUCACUUCACUGAGUUUAACUUAGUCUAAACCUAGUACCGACAUAGGUUAUCACGAAUAAUAAAGAGGAAAUUGACGUGGCUCGUCCUCCUAUAAUAUAACAUCAGAAUAAUUGAUGUUACCUGCACUGGAACAAACUUACCCUUCAAAUCCUUGUAAUUCAAAGAUUAGAGGGUGAGUUGCCCUAUCUAAAAAGGAUCUUAGAGAAACUCAACUAACCUUAUCAACCUUAUCUGUCCCAUAAAAACAAAAAAGAAAAUGCCCACAAUAGGCGCGAUCUCGAGGGCGUCAUAGAGGAUCUUGAAAAUCCUCAUGAAGGCCCGACUCUUAGGAUGGAGUUACGAGGAGGCGAUGUUGAUCGCCUUCAAGAUGUCAGCCUUAAAGAUGGAGAAUUGAAUUUUUACUCCCAAGUCGGUUAAAACACCCAUAUACAGACAGAUAUACUAACCCUUAACCCAUUGAGGAUAU